ACAUUAAGUUUAAAUUUUCGCGGGUUGUCGACAUUUUUCAGGAGAAGUCACAAAAAUGUCUGGUGAUUGUGGUGAUGAUAUCGAAAACAUAAUUUUAGAUCUCGAAGAACAAGUGUGUAGAAGCGAAUCCGGCGAGAACUCCGAUGAAGUACUCGUCGAGCUUAAUGACCCGGAGGAAAUGCUUGAAGACACGAUACUGAAUGAAAAUGGAAGCGAUUUUGACGCUUUGUCUGUUUCUUUGUCGGCAUCCGAUAUUUUGGACGAAGUUGCGAGCCAAAGUACUCACAGUGAUUCCAUUGUGCAUAUAGAAUCAGACGAGGAAAUUGAGGAAGAAGCGGAAACUAAAGAUAGAAAGGAUGCCGUCUUCGAUAACUUGUCUGAAGUUUUGCAAAAUCUUCAAAUAACAACCCAAGAGCCCUGGCCUAAGGAUGUGAAACUGUUUCAACCCUACGAAGUCGAACAAAUUUUGUUACCAGAUAACGCAAACUGUUUAGCAGUGCAAGCUUUCCUGAAAAUGUGCAACCUGGAUUUCCAAGUGGAGCCCAGAGCGAACGCUGAAGCCAUGUCUCCGUCCGGAAAAGUACCAUUUAUUAAGGCUGGGGCUUUCGUCAUUUCCGAAUUAGAGCCAAUCGUCCAGUUUAUUAACAACAAGGGGAUUACUCUUACUGAUAAGUUAGAUCCUGAGAUGAAGUCUGAUAUGCGGGCUUACAUGAGCCUUGUGCACAAUGUAAUGGAGGUGGCUGAGUUAUACAUUUGUUGGUGUGAUAAAGAGACUUAUAAUGAAGUGACUAGUGUUAGAUAUGGCUCGAUUUAUCCAUGGCCAUUAAAUCAUAUCCAAAAUAGGGUGAAAAGAGCGUCUGUUAUUAAAAAACUUAAAGUAUUGGGGUGGUAUCAAAAGUCAAUGUCUGAAGUGUUUGAAGAGGUUGAGAAUUGUUGUCAAGCGCUAACCGACCGUCUCGAAGGAAAAGACUUUUUCUUUGGAGACAAACCAACAGAACUUGACGCUUUAGUGUUUGGACAUCUGUUUACGAUUUUGACAACGCCGUUACCCAACAGCCAUAUCGCUAAUACUGUCAGGAAUUAUCCAGUUCUGAUCAACCUGGUACAGAGAAUCGAGAAAGACUACUUCAAACGAGAAACUAAACACUAGUUAUGCAAUAAAAGACGUUUUAUUGUUUUGUAUUUAUUUAACUGUUAAAUUACAGAUAGUUAAAAGUUUAUUAAAGCACCUUUCUAUUAA